CGCCCGGGCGGCGCGGCCCCGGGGCCGAGCCUGCACGCUAAGGCCGAGAAGGACGGGGACAAGGUGUCUGAGAUGCCACUGCCACAGAAGAAGCGCUGGGAGUCCAUGGCCAAGGGGCUGGUGCUGGGAGCACUCUUCACCAGCUUCCUGCUACUGCUGUACUCCUACGCCAUCCCCCCACUGCACACUGGCCUGGCCUCCACGACCCCCGAGGGCGCAGCUCCCUGCUCCCCGGCCCCCAGUGAGCCAGAGGCACCGCCCGGCCCGACCAACGGCUCGGCGGGAGGCUGCCAGCCGCGGCGGGACAUCGUGUUCAUGAAGACGCACAAGACGGCCAGCAGCACGCUGCUCAACAUCCUGUUCCGCUUCGGCCAGAAGCACGGGCUCAGGUUCGCCUUCCCCAACGGCCGCAACGACUUCGACUACCCGGCCUUCUUCGCGCGCAGCCUGGUGCAGGACUACCGGCCCGGGGCCUGCUUCAACAUCAUCUGUAACCACAUGCGCUUCCACUACGACGAGGUCCGGGGCCUUCUGCCGCCCAACGCCACCUUCAUCACCGUGCUCCGCGACCCCGCCCGCCUCUUCGAGUCCUCCUUCCACUACUUCGGCUCCGUGGUGCCCUUCACCUGGAAGCUCUCGGGCCGCGACAAGCUGGCCGAGUUCCUGCAGGACCCCGACCGCUACUACGACCCCCACGGCUACAACGCCCACUACCUCCGCAACCUGCUCUUCUUCGACCUGGGCUACGACAGCGACCUGGACCCCGGCAGCCCGCAGGUGCAGGAGCACAUCCUGGAGGUGGAGCGCCGCUUCCACCUGGUGCUCCUGCAGGAGUACUUCGACGAGUCGCUGGUGCUGCUCAAGGACCUGCUGUGCUGGGAGCUGGAGGACGUGCUCUACUUCAAGCUCAACGCCCGCCGCGCGUCGGCCGUGCCGCGCCUCUCGGGCGAGCUGUACCGGCGCGCCACGGCCUGGAACGUGCUGGACGCCCGCCUCUACCGCCACUUCAACGCCAGCUUCUGGCGCAGGGUGGAGGCCUUCGGGCGCGAGCGCAUGGCCCGCGAGGUGGCCGCCCUGCGGCGCGCCAACGAGCGCAUGCGCCGCAUCUGCAUCGACGGCGGCCACGCGGUGGACGCGGCCGCCAUCCAGGACUCGGCCAUGCAGCCCUGGCAGCCGCUGGGCGCCAAGUCCAUCCUGGGCUACAACCUCAAGAAGAGCAUCGGGCGGCGGCACGCGCAGCUCUGCCGGCGCAUGCUGACGCCCGAGAUCCAGUACCUGAUGGACCUGGGCGUCAACCUGUGGGUCACCAAGCUCUGGAAGCUCAUCCGGGACUUCCUGCAGUGGUGACGCCCGCCCGCGGAGGAGGGCCGGGCAGAGGCCCGCUGGCCUCCCCCGCGGCCCUCUUGGUGCCACCCCAGCCCCCUGGGGUGAGGUGGGGUUGCUGCAGGGGUGCGUCCAGCCAAGGACUGGGCCCACCGCACACAGGGCCUGAGAUCAGUAUUUGACUAAUUUUAGUUUGUUUUGUUCUGUUUUUUAAAUUAAAUCCCCUUCCCUCCAAAAAAGAAUGUUCUAUUUUCUGGCUCCCCUUAAAGGGGAGACUUCAGAAGUAAAAUAAUUUGAUGCGUUUUUGUUAA